AGCGCUCCCUCUCUCUCCCUCUCUCUCUGUUUCUCUAUGUCUCUCUCCCUCUCUGCUCCCCUGUCACUAACCCUUCCUCUGUCGAAGCGAGGUGUUUUUCUUAACUGAUCGGAACGCGUUUUCUUUCAGUUCCUGAGGGUGUUCUUUGGGGGAAUGGCCUCGACGGGUAAGUUGUCCGAGGAGCAGGUCCACUGUUCCAUCUGCCUCGACGUCUUCACCAACCCCGUGUCCAUCCCCUGCGGACACAACUUCUGCCAGAGCUGCAUUCUGGGAUACUGGAGGACCAGCCCCCUGUACCAGUGCCCCAUGUGCAAGAAGAGCUUCUACAAGAGGCCCGACAUCAGCAUCAACACGGUCCUGAGAGACAUCGCCGAGCAGUUCAAGGAGAUCCGCGUGAGGAACAUGGAGAAGCUCCAGCAGGAGGAGAAGGAGGAGGAGAAGACGGCGAUGGAGGAGAAGAAGAGGAAAGAAGAGGAGGAGGAGAAGUUGGUGAAACAGCAACAGGAGAAGCUCCUUCAGGAGCUCAAACAGAAGCAGGAGGCGGAUCAGAAGAAGAAGGCGCUCCAGCAGGGGUCCCUGGUGACACCAGGGGAGGUACGUAAAGGACUGCAGGAGGAUCUGCCACCCCUGGUUCCUCCCACCGCCCCUAUCUCCAACCCUGGACCCGAACCCCACCCUGGAACCAGCGCUGGACCCCUGCCUGACCCCAUCCCCGUCCCAAACCCCAGCCCUGGACACAGCCUCCACCUCAGCCCCAGCCCGCCUCCACCCCCAAUCCCGGCCGGGUCGCCAAGUCCCUGGGGCGAAGUGUUCUGCGACGUGUGCCUGGGGGAGCGGCUGAGGGCGGUCAAGUCCUGCCUGGUGUGUCUGACGUCAUACUGCGAGGAGCACCUCCGCUCCCACAGCGCCCGCUUCACCAAACACAAGCUGAUGGAGCCCGUGGCCAACCUGGAGGACCGGAUGUGUCCGAAACACGAGAGGCUGCUGGAGCUGUUCUGCAAGAAGGAUCAGGUGUGCGUUUGCGUGCUCUGUACCGAGACCGACCACAGGGCCCACUUCACCGUCCCUGUCGAGAGGGAAUGGACAGAGAAGAAGGCCCACCUGAGGAGGACGGAGAUGGAGGUGCAGCAGAUGAUCCAGGACAGGCUCAGGAAGGUGGAGGAGAUCAAACACUCGGUGGAGCUCAACAAAUCCAGUGCCCAAAGGGAGAUUGAGGACAGCAUGGCGGUGUUCUCUGAGCUGAUCCGCUCCCUCCAGAGGAACCAGGCUGAGCUGGUUCUGGCCUUGGAGGAGAGGCAGAGGCAGACAGAGAGCUGGGCCCAGGGCCUGAUCACCGAGCUGGAGCAGGAGAUCGCCGAGCUCAACAGUAGGAACACCGACCUGGAGCGCCUGGGACGCACCGACGACCACAUCCACUUCCUGCAGAGUUUUCCGGCCCUGCUCACUCCUCCCCACACUAAGGAUUGGUCUGACACCAGCGUCAACACCGAGGUCUGCGUUGGCAUCAUCAGAAGGGGCGUGGCCAAGCUAGAAGAAACUCUGAGUGAAGAGUUAGAGAAACUGGUUGAUACUGAGCUUAAAAGGACUCUCAAAUAUGCAGUGGACCUGACCCUUGACCCCGACACCGCCAACCCCUGGUUGCAGCUUUCGGAGGACCGGCGGCAGGUCCGGCACCUCGGGUCGUGGCAGGACCUACCCGACAACCCGGAGCGUUUCGACACCGUGGUCAUCGUCUUCGGCCACGAGGGAUUCUCCUCCGGCCGCCAUUACUGGGAGGUUGCCGUGGGCGACAAGGACGACUGGUACCUGGGCGUGGCCAGAGCUUCCGUCAACAGGAAGGGGCGGAUCGCCGUCAGCACCGCCCAUGGUUACUGGGCCCUGGCGAUGAAGAAGGGGCAGGGGUAUCGGGUGUCGACAGCCCCGCCUCUGCUACUGACCCUUGACCCCAAACCCAAACGUGUGGGAGUUUAUGUGGACUACGAGGAAGGGCAGGUGUCGUUUUACGACGUGAGGGCCCGGACUCACAUUUACACAUUCAUGGAUAGUUUCAGAGAGAAGAUCUUCCCAUUCUUUUACUUGUACUGCUCUGACAAGGCCUCGGAUACCAUGGCGAUUUGUCCUGUCACUGAGAAGACCAAGCUAUGCUGAAGAGAAGAACUACAAAAGAAAUACUACUGGACUACAAGUGCCUUAAGGGCCGGGAUUCAUUUUGUGUGCUAAUAACUUCUUAAUGUAUAGGUUUGAAUGUUUAUAUUUCUGUUGAGUGUGUGUGGAAGUAUUUUCCCUACAUGCAAUAGUAGUGCUAAUGGAUUUAUAUAAAAUUAUAAAUAAUUAAGUGACAAAUAAAAUUACUUUGAUUAUAUUUUGACCCAUGAAAAUAGCCCAACAUGCUUGAAUGUAUCUACUGGACUCUGAACAAUACAGUAUGUUAAUGUUUUUACUUGUUAUUGCAUGUCAAACAUGUUCCAAAGAUACUUUACUAUACUCUAUGUUGCAUAAAACUAUGACACAGGUUUACAAUAAUAAAGAUUUUGCAACAAUAAAUGUACAUCAUUUGCCCACCUCAUGAUGUUUUGUCACAUUCUACAUUUGUAAUUAUUGAUAAAAACCGAUGUUGUGUAUGACUUCACAACAAAGGCGAUUUUCAUGACUUCACAACAAAGGCAAUUUUCAUGACUCCACAACAAAGGACAUUUUCAUGACUUCACAAAAGAGUUUCGCAGGAAAAUCGGUCUCUUCUCCUCCCACAGCUGUGUAUUCAUGUGGGUGUGAGUGAGUGUUUGCUGACAUGUAGCCUACAGUCAAUUGUUUGGCUGAGGUGUCCUGGCUUCGUCCAAAACGUGUCCUGCCGAAGGCUACAUCAAAACCAGGUAUAAUUUUCUUUUUCUUUGUCGUUGCUCUGGAUCGAUUGGGAUGAUAUUUUACAACACGGCAGAGGGAUGGUUCAUAUCGUUGGGAAGUUCUUGAGGACUUUUCUGCGUCAGUUUAUUUACCGUGAGAUAUAAGUUUGUUUGUGUGAGAUAUUAUAUCGCAUGCACGCACGAUAAGUCAUCCAGCACCUGACAGGGUGGGGAACAGUCACAUGAUUUAACCAGCCAAUGAAACAACACUUUGUUUGUAAAGAAGCCAAGAAUCUAUUUGCCUACUUUACCUCCACCUGUGUGACACUUUCCAUAAUCCACUCUAAUAGUACACGCUGGAAGACCACAGACAUUCAUGAGGUCAUUUCUCUCCUGUAGCAAUGUCUUCAUUGACCUUUUGACCCCAGUCUCCUGUCCAAGGAGCAGUUCCAGUGUUCCAUCUGCCUGCAGGUGUUUACCGACCCGGUCACCACUCCUUGCGGACACAC